GGGGAGAGGGAGGCUCUGUGGGCACCCUCAGGCCAUUUUGGGGGGCUGCUGCAGCGUCCCAGCCCAUCCCGGCGCCCCAAGGACAUCCAGCGCUUCUCCCCCUGCCAGGAGCGAGGACGCCUGAGCCGCCAGAACAGCUCCCAGGGACCCGUCCUGCCUCCAGCCCCCUGCCCACCCUCAGCGGAGCUCGGAGCCCCCCAAAACCUCUGGGAAAGCCUCAGGGGGAGGCGCCUCUCCUCACCCUCUCCCAACACCUGCCACAGCCAGGGCUCGGAGCCGGCCAUGAGGCGCUUGGAGGAGGACUCGGAGGUCUACAAGAUGCUGCAGGAGAACCGGGAGCUGCGGGCAGCCCCGCGGCAAUCCAGCACCUUCCGCCUGCUCCAGGAGGCUCUGGAGGACGAGGAAGGAGGAGGUCCCGCGGCCCCCUUCCCCAGCCGGCUCUCGGCCGCUGCCCGCAAACCCGUGGCUGGGGUGCAGAAGCUGCACGUCUGUGAGAAAUGUGGGAGCAGCAUCGCGUGAGUGGGGCUGGGGGCCUGGCCGGGUCCCGGGGCUGGCUCCGUCCCUCCUGGCAAAGCUAAAAAGGGGCUGCUCCCAGGGGUGGGGGCGUCCCGGGGCAGGAUCUGUCCCUGACAUCGCUCCCGGCAGGGAUAACAACGCGGCUGAUCCUGGCUGCGGGUGGGGCAGGAUCGACCCCUGAUGU